GCGAGAAAUACGCUGUACUUCAAGCCCAAAGGGGAGCUGUCGGCAGCUCCUGACAAGCCGGCCAUUGAGUGUAGAAAUACACGCUUCACCUCCCAAGAGCAGUCUGACUUGGAUGAAACUCUCAUGGCUGCGAUCGCUGCCAAGCAUGCGCGAGAGAACGGGCUACAGCUGGCAGACGUCCUCGCGAAGAUGCUGAAGGACGGCACCUUUUCCGUCGCAGCGCUCCACAACUACGGUCAGCUUCGAGCUGUAGGUGGGCGCCUGGAGACGCCAAUCAACCAACAACGGAACCCACAGGCUGGUAACUUUAACUUUGUUAGCACGCCGGCGAUGGCUCCUGGUGACAAUGGUGUUUCUCCGUUUAUGACUUUUGGAAAGAUCGCAUCAACCCCACGGCUCCUGGAAGAAGAGAUCGGACCGAGCUUCCGUGUGGCCGAGGAGUCUCCUCGGGACCGUGCUGCGGAGAAGCUCGCGCGAGGGGCCAUGCAGCGCCAAAGAGAGUCGAAGCAGAAUUCAAAGAAGGAGCGCUUGAAAGCUCUUGGGCUGACUCCCAACGCCAGCCCAGCUUCCGUUCGGACGACCCCGGCGUCUGUGGCUUCGAAGGUGACGCCCAUGACCCCCAUCGGACAGUUGCUCCACCGUGCGCAACGCAUGGCGCAGCGAGGGGGUCGACUGCGUAUCGGUGCCAGCCGACCUCCGACAGAGGAGCGGGAGGCCAAGAGACCGCGGACAAACUCU